AUUAAAAACGCAGGGGGGAGAAUCAACAUAAAUGCAGCUACUCACCUACCUAUUCACACCCCAAUAUAUUUACGCAGACAAUCUUGGGGAAGUCAGCUUCUGAUGUGGGCAAGAGCGCGUUCCGAGUUAAAAACGAAAAUAUGCCUCUGAACUCAGACCAAGAAAUGGACAAACACAUAGAUGUGAUAGAAGAAGAAGCAAAACAAGAAGGAGAAAAUCACACCCAAUAUGUAAGAAAAGAAGAACAAAAUCCAGUAGAAGAACAAGCGCAAGAAAAGCACACUAUCUCAGACGCACCACCCUCACCCACCACCCACUCUUCACCUAGAGACCACAAGCCCUCAUCGCCACCGUUAGAUUCCUCAUCACCCUCUUCGCUUUCCUCCGAUCGAUCCUUUCACAGCAAUGAACUCAAACACCCCACCGCACUCCCUGCAACCCCAUCGCCGGCCGCGGCGAACCGGGCGUUCCCGGCAGACCCAGUGGUGGUGGCGGCCAAGGUGAACCUAGGAGCCCAAGAGGGCUUCACCAGCGUCAGAGAAGUUGAACCAGGCACUAACAACCGUGGUGGUGCUGACCGGCGAUUGAGACCAAAUCUGUCGAUUCUGAGGAGGACGAGGAGGGAAAGCAUGGUGAAGAGGGCCUUGUUGGGGUUACGGAUUUCUGGGUUUGUGUUUUGCUUGAUCUCGUUCUCGGUUAUGUCGGCUGACAAGUCUCAGGGUUGGGCUCUUGAUUCUUUUUACCAGUACAAGGAGUUCAGGUACUGUAUGGCUGUGAAUGUGAUAGGGUUUGCAUAUUCAGGGCUGCAAGUGUAUGAUCUGGUCCAUUAUUUCACCACCGGGAAACAGUUAGUCCGGCACCACCUCCGUCACUACUUUGAUUUCCUUAUCGAUCAGAUGUUGACUUAUCUUCUGCUAUCGGCCUCAUCAUCGGCUGCCACCAGAGUUUACGAGUGGAAGUCCAACUGGGGCAGCGACAAGUUUCCUGAAAUGGCAAGCGCAUCCGUGGGAUUUUCCUUUGUUGCAUUUCUGGCCUUUGCCUUGAGUUCUCUCAUCACUGGCAAUACCAUUUUAAAACUUCAUAGUUAGAUACAAUUGCUGUAUCAGUAAAUUAUAUGACGUCGGUGUUUUGGAGAACCUUUCUUUCCCCUCCCUGAAGUGCUAGUUAUGAUAGAUUGUUGAAAAGAAAAAUUAAUGCGAAAGACGUGUAAAAGCUUUGUAUAAAAGUAGAUGUUUGCGUUUCUAUUGAA